CUGGCUCCGACCUCCGCCUCGCAUACGCCCUCUCCACCAUUUCACCGCCGACGGAAAUCUUGGGCUCGUCGCUUCGAACGAUGCUGCUGUAAAACCGUCUCCUACUUCCCUCUCUCCUUCGUCUACGGCUUGACAACCUGGGCCACAUAUGUCUCCGUUGGCGUCUCCGUGGUGGGACAUCCUACGAUCCUCUCCUACCUCCAGGCGGCCCUCGCAUUCACCCUCUACGCUCUCGGCAAUACUUCCUAUACCAUCGCCGUCUUCACAAACCCUGGCUCACCGAUAGAUCCCAAAUUCGACGGCUCACGAUCAACAAGGAGGAAAGGCGGAGAUGUUGGUGGCAGACAUGCAAGAAGCACCAUCGGCCCUGGUGCGGACAUGACCAGCGUCACGGCCAAAUCCGACGGCAAACAACGCUUCUGCAAGAAAUGUCAAUGCAUCAAACCGGACCGCGCCCAUCACUGCUCCUCCUGCGGUAAAUGCGUCCUCAAAAUGGACCAUCACUGCCCCUGGCUGGCCACCUGCGUCGGUCUACACAACUACAAGCCCUUCCUCCUCUUUCUGAUCUACACCUCCCUCUUCUGCUGGGUCGCCUUCGCCAUCUCCGCCUGGUGGGUCUGGGCGGCCAUCACCGAUAAUGAACAAAUGGAGCAGUCCAUCCUCGUCGUCAACACCAUCCUCCUCUCCGUCCUCGCGGGCAUCAUCGGCCUCGUCCUCUCCGGCUUCACAGGCUGGCACAUCUACCUCGUCCUCACCGGCCAGACAACGAUCGAAUCCCUCGAAAAAACUCGCUACCUCACUCCUCUCCGUCAAACCAUGGAGCACCAAUUCCAAUCCCAACGAACCUACCUCUCCGCGGAUGGAACUCACGAUCCUGCAUAUUCUCCCGCGGAAGAGCAACCACUCACAGAUCGCAUCAAAGAAUUCCACGCCAACGCUCUCCCAGGCAUCCUACGUCCAGAAGAAGGCGACGCAUCCUUGAAUCCUAGCCCAUCCCGCUCGCCAGCACCAGACACGCGCCUCCACAACUCUCAUCCUUCUGCCGGUAGUCCAGCCCAACAAUCCCUCCAUCGCUCCUACGCAGAUCUCGAACGCGACCGCGAAAACGAACGCUACAAUUCCUACCUCGACGAACAAGCCUCCGCUUCCCUACCCAAUGCUUUUGAUCUCGGGUACCGCGCGAAUCUCCUGCACGUCUUCGGCGGGAAUCCUCUAUACUGGGCCCUACCAAUUUGCAACACCUCCGGUGACGGCUGGAAGUGGGAUGUCAGUCCCGAUUGGGUCCGCGCGAGGGAACGACUCGCUUCAGAACGC